GUCUCUUUGGCACGCACUGUACCUUUGUGAAGUAUGGGAGGGCGCAAAUAUAUAGUUUGCAGGGGGCGCCAAACACCCUAGCGCCGGGCCUGAUGGGCACGAUAUGCGUGAUAACGGGGAUCACUUUAGAAAGCAGAUUGGGCGUGAUAAAUCAUUUGAAUACCACCUUUAAUGUUAUAUAUUACUUUAUUUAUUCCUUCUGUAAAAACAGCAAAAUGCACAGCACACAGCAUUGUGCAGACAUCCUCCAUCUUCAUUUAGCUGCAAGAUUUUAGCAUCUGAGUCAGGGUUUGGUUUUUUUUUCUUGGUCUCAGUACAGUGAUCUGUCAAGAGCGGAUUUAUCCCUCCUGUUGCUGAGCCAGUCAGCUGGAAGUAGACUGAACUGCUUAUAAUCCCCCCACAGUCGCCCCAACACAGACCCAGACCAAGCCCUUUUUGCCUGUGAAAGAUGAGAACAUUUGGCUUCAAUUGGAAGGAUAGUUGGCAGCCCUAACACAGCCUGGAUUUGUAACGAAAGUGAGAGAAAGAGAGGAGUUCUAGGGAAACUGAGAGAGGAAUGAUGGAAAGACAGGCAGGCAGGAGCUGAGCUCUCAGUCCUCUCAGACAAUGCUAGAGCAUCACUAGGUACAAUCACCAUAUUGCAAAGAGAAGAACAAAUCAGAGAGAUUAGACUAAAUUGCAAUUCACUCAUUGAGAUGAAAUAAGGGGAGAGAAAAAUAGAGGAGAGAAUUUUGUGAAGUAUUUUGUCAGUGCUCAGAUAAGCAGCAGCUGAUAGUCCGAUAAGAGAAUCAGAGACAUCUCUCAGGCCAUACUGCUCCAGCAGAGUGUAGUCAGACAAUAUGGACUGUCAGAGGGAUGAGGCUGCUGGCAAUACACAGAGGAGAGUCACCUGGCCCCUGCUUGGAUUAUUUGGUGUGCUGGUGUCUGUGGCUGGAAUUCUCGCUACUUCCACACUUGUGUCGUGGAAGACACAGGUAGACUCUGUGGUGGCUCCAGUUCCGGCUCUUCAUCUAGCAUAUCAUCCGUAUCACCUGAGGGCUAAACGUUACACCCUUACACCAGGCCUGCUGAAAUGGGACCAUUACAAUUUGACUUUCAGAAUUGUGUCAUUUCCAAGAAAUUUAAUAAAUGAGAGUGAUACGAGAAAGGGAAUAACAUCAGCUUUCCGCAUGUGGAGUGAGGUGACAGCCUUCCACUUCAAGGAGGUCCCUGCAGACCAGGAAAGCGAUCUCAAGAUUGGAUUCUAUGGUAUAAAUCAUACAGACUGCUUGGAGUCACGUAUUCAUUACUGCUUUGAUGGAACAACUGGGGAGCUGGCACAUGCAUACUUUCCUAAAACUGGGGAGAUCCACUUCGAUGACAGCGAAUAUUGGAUUUUGGGGAACACAAGGUUCAGCUGGAAGAAAGGGGUUUGGCUCACAGACCUUGUGCAUGUAGCAGCCCAUGAAAUCGGACAUGCCCUGGGGCUGAUGCAUUCUCUAAACGGCAAUGCCCUGAUGCACAUUAAUGCCACACUCACUGGGAAGAAGACAAUCUCCCAAGAUGAUAUGUGGGGAAUCUACAGUCUAUAUGGAUGCAGAGACAGAUACUUAAUGUGCGCCACCUGGGCAUACAAAGGGUACUGCGACUCCCGGAGGAUACCUAUGAAGAAGUACUGCCCAUACAGCUGUGACUUCUGCUAUGACUUUCCAUUUCCAACACGGAUGCCCACACCAAUACCACCCAGAACCAAAGUUCGUUUGGUUUCAGAAGGCCGGAACGUGACCUUUAGAUGCGGGAAAAAAAUUAUCCAUAAAAAAGGAAAAGUUUACUGGUACAAAGACAAUGAGCUCCUGGAAUACUCAUACCCUGGAUACCUUUCCCUAAAGGAUGACCACAUGAGUAUAAUUGCCAAUGCCAUCAAUGAAGGACUCUAUACCUGUAUAGUGAAGAAAAGGGAUCGAGUGCUGACCACCUACUCAUGGAAUAUAAGAGUACAAAUGUGAGAAAUCCAGUAAUUAAAUACAGAUUUUGACAACUUGGGGCCAACAGUUUGUCUGGCUGAACUUAAGCACCACCAUUUCUCUACUGCUGGCCAGUAUUUUAUUCAUUGGAUCAUGGACCUCAAUUCUCCAGAGCUGACACAGCUUGGUGGUGAUACAGUGGAAGUAUCAUUACAUUAUUGAGCUUUGCACAUAUUACUGCUGCAGUAAGUUUCCAUUUGCUAUUGAAGUAACAAAGCCCUUGUUCGUGCGGAUUUAGUGAAUUAUUUUGGUACAUUGAUAGAGCAGGUGACGUGUGGCUCUCCCAUUAGUGGUGAAACCACUAAUCCCAGCAUUCUCUUCCUACCAAAAGGCUGGUGGGCAUGCUAGGACUGUGCAUCACCACUGGUGGAGAGUCACAGGAUACAUCUGAUGCACAGCGUGUAUAUGAGGAAGUCUUGCCUUGAUGGCAAUUCAGAUGUUAGACAUCACAUUUACUUUUGCUGGGCUGUCAAGUUUCUCUCCGUUAUCAGCUGGCUGCAGAACUCUUCAUGUUAUUACGGAGAGGAAGUUUGCUGGGUAUAGAAGGGAACAAUAUAUCGCCCCUUUCAAUCCCGGCAUCUUAAUAUUUUAAAGUCUAGCAUCUGCAAAUUUUCCAUGUGUAUUUGUCAGUGCUAUUAGAUCACUGUAUUUUAGGUUUAAUUGACCAUUUAAAAGUGCUAUGAUAAACUAUUUCCCCUCUACAUGACAUAUUCAGGCCGUGUGUUUGUGAUCUACAUUUAGUUUGAGUAUGUUUCAUUUUACCAAAUUUCAUCCUUAAAGGUUAAUGCAACUAAAAAAUUUUGCUUCGAUAAAAUCAUUAUAUAAUUUACUGGAAUAACUACGGAUACUUCAUGCAGAAAUCGCUUUAUUAAAUGAAGAUAUUGUUGCUGCCUUAGAGACAGAUUUGUAAGAACAGACACUCCCUAUCAACCAUGGAGUCAACCGCUGCUAUACCAGAUUACUUUCAUGGUUUUAGGCUGGGUACACAGUAUACGAUAUAUCAUGCGUUAUUGGUACUUUUGACCGAUCGGCACGACCAUCAUAGAGUGUCUGUCCUAUACACCUGCCGUGGAUGAUUCCACAGACAACGUGGCAUUGCUACAUGAAAUAUGUAAUGAUACAUGGCGCCGCCAUAAGAUGCAUUGUGUAGUGUGAAUGGCGAUACGAUGUAUCGUUACAUCAUCAUUUAUGUGGGUAACCAGCUUUAGAUGCAACUGAGAGUCAGUCAUUAAAAUAGCCUGAAACCUCACACGGCAGCCAGGAUAUUUAUCCAUUCUAUGGGUAGGAAUUCAAUUGUUUUAUCGGGUGCCCAAAGUAAUGAGCACCCACCAGAGCUAUUCCAUUGGUACAACUGAUAAAAACCUAACUGGUCCAAUUCUGACACACAGGCAAAUAUAAUAGCUCUUGGAAACUUGAGUUGUGCAUUUUAUUUGUAUUGCUUCUGUAAACUGCUGGUAAUAUUUCAUAGGUGAUCUGAGAGGUACACACUCCCGGAGACACCAUACAGUCUCUCAUGGCCCCUUGUUAUCCUCGUGGUGCUACAUUUUUUUAUAUACAGUAUAACACAAUGAACAAUAGUUGAAGCUUUGCUAUGUAAGUAGUAGUUUUGUGAAAACUGGAAAUGAAAAUAAAACGUUUGUAAAUAUAUUAA